AUGCUCCAGACGGCCAUAUCGAGAAAUCAGUGUCCGAAUGCGCAGACCGGCUGGCCGAGGAAUGAAUGUUCCGCGCUCGGCCAAAACCGCAUUCGUCCGACUGACGUCUCGGCCAAAGUCUUCACCACUCGGCCGAUCACACGGCACGACCCGGGAUACAUACACCCGCGGUCGGUCAAGCUUCAAUUACUCCACGCCACACCGCACACGACCAACGCGCACGACCAGGGAAACAAAGCCUCGCGGCCGCGCAACCCGUUCCGCGUGCCACGGCCGAUGCAUCCGCACGAGCCGGGAAAGAAUGUCCCACGUCCGGCCGAGAAUCUUCUUCGGCCAAGUUUCAAUCCGCUCGACCACGCCGGCCGACCGCGAAUCAAUCCGACCCCGACCGUUCCGACUCGCCCACGUUCCGACUAUCCGGCCGAUCAUCCCGCACGACCGUCCCAACGCCACGAACGAAGCUUCGGAAGUUUGGCCGCGCGCGGAGGAGUUCCCGACGUCGAAGUGAAUGAAGCCAUUUGGAUCAACUAUGAGGCCUAG